ACCAGGCAGAUUCGGGAGAAUUUUAGAAGGUUCCUUUUGCGUGCGUAUGUGGCUGGUGCACACAGGGUGAGCUGCAGUUUUCCUCAAAUUGAGCGCAAACUACUCAAACGCGGACAAAGACGACAGACGUAACACGAGCGCUAACUCACGACUACAGUUGCAAAUAUACAUCCUCAGUGCUAUAUUUCCCAUCAUAUUCUGCAAAAACAUGGCCACAUUCAGUCAAGCAAGCAUCAUCUUCCUUCUAAUGUGUGUCGAACGGUGCCUUGCUCAAGCAUGCAGUCAAAAUCAAAACAAACACCUAGUUGGCUGCCAAAGUGGUGGGCAUGUCCCUGGAGGCUUCUGUCCUGGAAUGAAGCCACCGGCAUGCGAGAGAUCAAAGACAGUGUGCGCAUGCGUCCGCGGAUAUUUCCAGAGGUGGGACGGCCACUGCGUCCGCUACAGGGACUGCGUCUUCAGGACCUUCGAGCCCAACAAAUUUCUUAGUCUGGAAGAAGACCUCGUCAUGGUGGGCUUGUCAACCUCAAUAUUUGAGAACGGCACUUUAAAAUGCUUUGUGUCCUCCCUGGGUGAGCCUAUUAAGCACAGUUUCCACCGUCUGGUGAAGUACGAAAAAAAAGCAGGGAGGAACUGGGAGAAAAAGCACUUUGACCUAAGGUUCUACACUUCGAACCACUAUGGCGAAAAACUGCUAGUCAGAGAUGCAUGGGCCUCACUGCCAUACGGAAUGGAGCGUUUUUCAUCUGUGCACACCGACGAUGACUGCAUGAUUCUGGGAAAAAGACCUCCAUAUGGAAAAAAAACGGAAUGCACAUACUGGGUUCCGAAAAGUGCUGUCGGAAAUCGCAAGUGGAUUUGUGACUUCAUAUUCAAUGAAUUUUGCAAGUCUCAAGCGAUUGUAGUAAAUCACACCAACAUAAAAACUUGCUAUUAAACUCACGACAACUCUUAUACAAAAUAA